AUGUUCCCCUCUUUAUUGAUUAUUAAUCUUUAAAAUAAAUCAAUAUUUGUUGAGAUUAUAUUUAUUAGAUCUCAUUGAAUUAUCAUUAAAUUUAUUUAUUAUGCAUAUAGCCAAUAAUUAUUCUGAAUAAAUAUAAAUGCUUUUCUUAGAUGAGAACAUUACACAGUUGAAUGAUGAAAUUAAUUGCGAAAUAUUGAUUAUCAAAGAAUGGUGAAAACAUGAAUCGUGGUAUUUAUUAUAAAAAAGUAAAAUUCUUAUCUAACCCCUUGGGGUCGAUAGUUUAUAAGAGCAUUGACGAUAAUGUGAAAAAAGACUGUAGGGGAUCCAGAAUGCAUGUCUAAAAAUGAUAUUUACUUCAUAUUUGUUACAAUGUAUAUCAACAUUUGUCAAACUUAUAAAUAUAAGAAUGUCUCAUGAUAAACAAAGUGAUAGUUGUUCUCGUGCGAUAUCAUGCCUUACAAUAAACGAUGUACCUAUAAUGUUUACAUCCAAAGAUGAAGGUAGAAGUAAAGAUAUUUCUGGACUCACGCAUGAAUGUGGCGUUUUUGGAUGUAUUGCUGCAGGAGAUUGGCCAUCACAAAUUGAUGUAAGCCAAGUAAUAUGUCUCGGUUUAAUUGCUCUACAACAUAGAGGUCAAGAAAGUGCUGGAAUUGUUACGAGUCAGGGUAUCUGUUCAAAAUCAUUCUACGUUCACAAGGGUAUGGGAAUGAUUAAUAAUAUUUUCAAUGAUGAAAGCAUGAAGAAACUUAAAGGCAACUUAGGAAUAGGUCAUACUAGAUAUAGCACUAGUGCAGCUAGCGAAGAAGUCAAUUGCCAACCUUUUGUAGUUCAUACAGCUCAUGGUGCCUUAGCAGUUGCUCAUAAUGGAGAACUUGUAAAUACAGAAUCAUUAAGGAAGAUGGUAUUAGGUCGUGGUGUUGGCCUUUCAACGUAUUCAGAUUCUGAAUUAAUAACUCAAGCUUUAUGUUUAAAUCCUCCCGAAGGUGAAGUUAAUGGUCCAGAUUGGCCAGCACGUAUUAAACAUCUCAUGCAAUUAGCACCAUUAUCUUAUUCUUUGGUAAUCAUGCAAAGAGAUAAAAUUUAUGGUGUUAGAGAUCCAUAUGGUAAUAGGCCUUUGUGUUUGGGAAAAAUAGUACCCAUUGGCAAGCUUGCAGGAGAUGAUUCAGACGAUGACGACGAGGCCGAAGGUUGGGUAAUCUCGUCAGAGUCUUGUGGUUUCUUAAGCAUUGGUGCAAGAUAUGUUCGUGAAGUUUUCCCAGGUGAAAUUGUGGAAUUAACACGCGAAGGUAUUAAAACGAUUGACAUAGUAGAAAGACCAGACAAUAAGCCACAAGCAUUCUGCAUAUUUGAAUAUGUUUACUUUGCCCGUAGUGACAGUAUUUUUGAAGGACAAAUGGUAUAUUCGGUUCGUAUGCAAUGUGGUCGUGUAUUAGCAAUAGAAUCUCCGGUAGAUGCAGAUAUAGUUAGUUCUGUACCAGAAUCUGGUACAGCAGCAGCACAUGGUUAUGCUAGACAGUCUCAAAUACCAUUCGCCGAAGUAUUAUGCAAAAAUAGAUACGUUGGAAGAACAUUCAUUCAACCUAGUACACGAUUAAGACAAUUAGGAGUUGCUAAAAAAUUUGGUGCUUUAUCUGAAAAUGUUAAAGGAAAGAAACUAAUUCUCAUUGAUGAUUCUAUUGUUAGAGGAAACACAAUUGGACCCAUUAUAAAACUUCUGCGGGAUGCAGGAGCAAAAGAAGUUCAUAUCAAAGUAGCAUCGCCUCCUUUAAAAUAUCCAUGCUAUAUGGGAAUAAACAUUCCAACGAGAGAAGAGUUAAUAGCGAACAAACUGGACAAUGUAAGAUUAGCCAAAUAUGUUGGUGCUGAUAGUUUGACAUAUCUUUCUGUCAAAGGACUUAUUCAAGCUGUUAGACAUGGCAUGGAUAAUAAAGAAAGCAGUUACAUUGGUCACUGCACUGCUUGUUUGACAGGAGAAUAUCCUGAUGAACUACCUGGUGAUUUAGAUUGGUGAAGAACAUGGACAAUCCAUAGUUUGACAAAUAAGAAAUUGAAUCCUAUUUUCCAAUACAAACUUCAAUCUAUUUUUCUUAAUUACCAGCAAGAAUAUUAUAUAAUUUUAAGGUUUAUUGACUAGAUUUUAUUGGCUAUAUACGUAUUGAAAAAAAAAUAUUUAUAGCCAUUUUGUUAUUCUAAGCUGGUCGGCUAGUUCAGUGCAGUAUUUUAUAUUUAACAAUAUAACUUAAUUAUGUUUGUAAUCUAUAUAUAAAAUAAUCUUUCUUGAAUGGAAAGAUCAAUCUCAACAGUA